AUGGCAGCUAACGAGCUUUCAGAAAAAGAUCUAAAGGAGAUUCUGGAUUUCUCCAUUGCACUGGCUCGAGAUGCUGGGAAACUUAUACUUGAAGGAUCGGACAAUAUCUUGCGAUCUGCUGCUGGUGCUGUUGACGAGAAGAAAAAUUCUACUGACUUAGUCACGAAGUAUGAUAAGGCCGUGGAAGAGCUGGUACGCAAGAGGGCUGGCAGCGCCUAUCCGUCCUUUGGUUUUAUCGGGGAGGAAGAGACGGCAGCACUCGGGAAACUCCCUGAGCUUACAGAUGGUCCUACUUUUUGUAUUGAUCCGAUCGAUGGGACCGUGAACUUCGUGCACGGUUUUCCUUGGUCUUGUAUCUCUAUUGGGCUAAUAAAUCAGAAGCGUCCUGUCCUUGGAGUUAUUUACAAUCCAUUCAUUGACUGGCUGUACUACGGAUCCCUGGGUCAAGGUUCAUACCUCGUCAAGCCAGGAGGCGCCUUGUUCAGGCUUCCCCUUGUCCCCCCUCGUCCGCUCCCUUCUCUUUCGCAAGCCCUGAUUGCGGUUGAAUGGGGAUCGGACCGAGGUAUUAUUCCGACUAAAGCAAGAGCGGAUUCAUACCUUCGUCUUGCGGGUGAUGGGAAGCAAAUUGAACACGGUAAAAUGGUGCACUCAUUGCGCUCGACGGGCAGCGCGGCUUUAAACUUCGCAUGUGUUGCUGCCGGGCAGAUGGAUUUGGUUUGGGAGAUCGGUCUCGGGCCUUGGGACGUUUGCGCAGGGACUAUUAUUGCUCAGGAAGCAGGUGGAAUGGUCAACACAUCUGUCAUAUCAGUUCAUGGUGGAGAGGUCACCGGCGAUGCGUCCGAUAAAGUUUUGACGGGCGGAAAGUACGUCGUCAUACGGGCUAUUGCGGAUUCAGAGAAGGAGAAGGGAAUCGAUAUUCAAAAACGACUCAUUAAAGAAGUUUGUGAAACUGUCAUAGAUGUCAAACUAUAA